AUGGCGCCCAACCCGCAAGAAGCCCCGCCCAUGAUGCUGUCCCAAGAGACGAAGGUAAAAGAGGGACCCGUCGAGCGGCAGGGAUCUCUGAGCGCCUUGCAGCGCGUCGUGCAGGCGGCGAACGGCGUCAAGCAGCUCGGCCUCUUUGCCUCGCUCCUCGCAACGACCACGCUGCCUGCCAACCGUGUCUGGACCGCGGCCAACGCAGGCGACGACAUGCUCAUGCUGCAGCACUUGGCGGGUUUGCCCAACGACGCCGCCCAACUGCGCCCUACAGACCCGCUGAUUGCCGCCUGCGCCAAGGGCCACGUGCGGUGCGUCCAAGCGCUCCUCAUGCACAGCGCCAAUGUGUACGCGCAAGACAACCAAGGUCAUACAGGGCUUCAUCACGCUUGCAUGCACAGCCACUUUGACCUCGUGGGCGUGCUGCUCAGCGUGCAGGACCCGGCGCUGCGCAACCGCGAAGGCCUCUCGGCCAUGGACGUCUGCCGGCGCAACAUCGAUUGCCGUCGACAAGUGCUCGCGUCGGCCAAGUGCUUGGAGCUUCUGGAGCAGCGCUCCCGGCUCUUUGAAGGGUGGCUUUACGAAAGCGUCAACAACCUCGCGUCCUCGGCGUUGGGUCUGCGUAGCCUCCAGUCAUGGGUUCGCCGGUACGCCGUGGUCUUCUCGGUUGGAUCGCCCGACUUUGUCGAGAUUGCCUGCUUUGAUGUGCAGCAUGGCCUGCGCCAGCUCACGCCCCAGUCGACGAUUCUCUUCCGCGUGCACGAUCCCGUUGUCCUCAACUCGCAGCGCAAGAUGUUCAACCCCAAACCCUACAACUUUACGAUCGCCGGGUCGCGCAAGAUGCCUGGCGGCUACCUCGGGCGCCCCGACCUCUUUGAGCUCGCGGCCUUCAACGAAGACGAGUACGAGCGCUGGGCGUCUUUUAUCGUGCAAUGA